CUGAACAUCUUGUAAAAUCGAUAUUUGUUCAACCUUUAUUUAUUCUUCCUUACCACUGUUCAAAAAGAUCACCUCCAGUCUAGGUAUGAUUUUCACAAGUUAUCAUUCACAACCUAUAGAACUUGUACCAAAACUUAAUAGUAGUUAGAAUGACUGGAAUUGGACCAUCCCCGGGUGGUGCUCAGCUUGUUCACUCAAGACUCAGCCUUACAGGAGGAAACAGGCGCAGCAUUGGCUCCUCUGGGCUUGCUGCCACUCCUGCCAUCCAGAACAAGGGGGAUGAGUCUGCCAGUGCCUAUCUGGCAUUACAGGAUGACGAGGAAGAGCGCCGCCAGCGUCAGUUAUCCCGGCUGCAGCAGUUGCAACAGUCCCGCACACAUGGCAGCCCAGGUGCAGAUGGCACCCCAAGCGGCAAGGACAAGAGACGCAGUGUAUCGUCCCUGGAGCCCAGGCUAACUGGACAGCAGCUUGCCUUGCACUACACCAAGUGCAUCCAACUCAGUGCUGAGAAUAAAAUCAACAUCAAAAAUGCCUUCAAUCUGCAGCUCAUUGACUUCAUGACCGACAUGCUUAAGAAGAAGCAUUCUGACAUGAACAACUUUCAGGUGGCAAGCUGCACACUGGAUGCCAGCACCAAGAUCUAUGCGUACCGAGUGGACAGCGUACACACGGACACCAUGCGCAUGGCGGGCGGGUUGGGCCGCACUCAGCAUGAUGCUGGUCAUGCUCCUGAAGAUGUUGAUGGCGACCAGCCUGGGGAACAGAUCGGCAAAAUUAAAAGAAAAAGAACGAAGAAGGCCGCCACAAUAGAAAGCAACCCCGCCGCCCUCAAUUUGUCAUCUCUUGACUUGGAAUUUAUAGUGGACCCACUUUUUAAAAAAAUUGCUUCCGAGUUUGAUGAGGGCAAGGCUGGUGGUGGGCUCUUCCUCAACGCUUUGAUGCUCAGGAUGGCGGGCUGCGUGCGUGUAGCGUCCCUGCUGCUGGUGCUGCUGUGCGCGUGCUGCGCUACAGCGCUCGAGUGCUACCAGUGCUCGGGCUGUGAGGAGGGACAGCUCGGCCACCCCAUCCACUGCACCCAGUCGCAGAACGCCUGUUCGCACGAGGCUCGCGUCAUCAACUGCUGCUCCACGAACUACUGCAACGGCGCCUCCCUCGCCUCGCCCGCCACCCUCGCGCUGCUGCUGGCCCCUCUUGUUGCCAGCGUCCUUAUGCGCUAA